GGCAGAGGCGGCAGCAGCACCAGCGGCAGCAGCACCAGCGUGUUCUCUGGCAACGGAGCCUUCAAGCACCACCUGCCAGAUCUUUCGGGCAGCGGGCGCGUGGGAGGGAAGAACAGAGGGAGAGCGAGGGCAAGGCGCGCCGAUCUUCCGUCUCUUCUUCUCAGCACAACCCACCUGCGGCUUCAAGCAUUGCUCAACCUGCCUGAAUCGCCGGCUCCAUCCAGCCUGUUGUGAAGGAGGAAUAAAUCGGCUUGAUUUAUUCCGGCCACCCGGUCUCUGCAUCUCGUUCCACCUUCUGCUUCAAGACAGAUAUAAACCAGCCAAGUCUUAUAUCUUUCUCUCUCUUCUCUCCACGAGAGGCGCUUCCUUGGCGAAGGCAUCGAGCGCUGUCCGUUCAGCACCACGCUACCGUUAAACCCCGGCAAGCCCCGUGCCUUGCGCUUCUGGCGCCUUUCUUUUGCUCAAUCCCAGGAGGGGCCCUCGAGGCGAGAGCUGCAGGCGCCGAGGGCCGCAUUUUGGGCUGCUGCGAAGUGUGAACCCGCAUCAGCAGGGAGAGCGCCAAGGAAGACACCCAAGAGCGAAGGCGGGUUUCGUGAUCUUUUCUUUCAGCUUGGGGUGGGGGGGAUCAUUAGAUACAUCUCCCCCGCCCGGCCCAAUACUAGUUGUUGCUUCAUCACCGCCAUCGUUUCUUUUUUUCAGAGCCUUUGAAUUUCACGUGCUUGUUGAAUUUCUGUCCCGGAAAAAAAAAAUCGACACCAGGAUUCGGAUUGCUAUGUGUUGAGCUCUUCUGAAGAGCUGCCUUUUUGCGCCUGCCCCUGCCUCUAGGACUGAGGUACAGAAGGAUUUUGUCCAGCGUUUUCAGGAGAUUUGGUCUCCUGAGCAUUUGGUAUCUGCCCUUUCUUCUUCCUCCUCGCACUGUGUUAAUUUGUGUGUUUGUGGUGAGUGCAUGUGUGGGUUGUGUCUGUAAAACCCUAUUUCACUGCCCUCAGUGUCUUGUUGCAGGCCCCUAUUGCCACCUUUUGCAUCUUCUUUGUAGGUCAGCCGUGUGGCACUGGAGGUAUUAAUUGCCACAGCAAUUCCUCAUUCACAACCAUACUUACCUCCCUAACCAAACACCCCUCACAAUCUCUGUUCUUGGAAGGAGCCUUUCAUCAGCAUAUUCUAUUUAUAGGUACCUGAACCUUACAAUUACAUGCUACUCUAAGAGCAUGUUGAUUUCCUAAUAAAGAAGUUGAAUCUGCCAUCAUUAACUUUCACUGGUACUCUUGAUUUUGCAUCACCUGCUGUGAAGGAUAUAAGUGGCUAAGAACAGUGGGUGUCUCUUGCCCACAUGUCUAAGGUAUCAAGUUAGUUACUGAUUGCAGAUGACUAGCCACCCCUUAUGAGCUUGCUGUGUGUUGUGCUUGCUUGGAUGAUUCCACGACAUGCCUAAUAAGAGACGAGAUGGGCCAGGGCGAUGAAAGUGAUCGUAUUGUGAUCAAUGUGGGAGGGACUAGGCACCAGACUUACCGCAGCACCUUACGCACCUUGCCUGGCACCCGGCUGGCCUGGAUCGCUGAGCCAGAUGCCCACAGUCACUUUGACUAUGACCCCCGUGCAGAUGAAUUCUUCUUCGAUCGGCACCCAGGUGUCUUUGCCCACAUCCUGAACUAUUACCGAACAGGUAAGCUGCAUUGCCCAGCAGAUGUGUGUGGACCUCUGUAUGAGGAGGAGUUAGCCUUCUGGGGCAUUGAUGAAACAGAUGUGGAGCCUUGCUGCUGGAUGACCUAUAGGCAGCAUCGUGAUGCUGAAGAGGCCCUGGACAGUUUUGGUGGAGCACCUCUGGAUAGCAGUGCUGAUGAUGGAGAUGCAGAUGGCACAGGAGACUCAGGUGAUGGGGAAGAGGAGCUGGAGAUGACUAAACGCCUGGCCCUGAGUGAUUCCCCAGAUGGAAGGCCUGGGGGCUUUUGGAAGAGGUGGCAGCCUCGGAUCUGGGCACUUUUUGAGGAUCCCUAUUCCUCCAGAUAUGCAAGGUACAUCGCAUUUGCUUCCCUCUUCUUCAUUCUGGUUUCCAUCACCACCUUUUGCCUCGAGACCCACGAGAGAUUUAACCCUAUCGUUAACAAGACAGAGAAGGAAAUUGUUGGCAAUGACACCCAGGUGCGGGUCUAUCAGGAGACUGAGACGGAGGCUUUCCUGACCUACAUUGAAGGGGUCUGCGUGAUUUGGUUUACUUUUGAGUUUCUGAUGAGGGUCAUUUUCUGCCCCAACAAGAUGGAAUUUAUCAAAAACACCUUGAAUAUCAUUGACUUUGUGGCCAUUCUCCCAUUUUACCUGGAGGUUGGACUCAGUGGCCUGUCUUCCAAAGCCGCUAAGGACGUUUUGGGCUUCUUGAGGGUGGUCCGGUUUGUGCGGAUUCUGCGAAUUUUCAAGCUGACUCGCCAUUUCGUAGGACUGCGGGUUUUGGGUCAUACUCUCCGUGCCAGCACAAACGAAUUCUUGCUGCUCAUCAUCUUCUUGGCACUGGGCGUCUUAAUCUUUGCCACAAUGAUCUACUACGCUGAGAGAAUAGGUGCUAAACCCAAUGACCCUAGUGCCAGCGAACACACACAUUUUAAAAAUAUCCCCAUUGGCUUCUGGUGGGCUGUUGUCACCAUGACUACCCUGGGCUACGGAGACAUGUAUCCUCAGACUUGGUCAGGCAUGCUGGUGGGGGCCCUCUGUGCUCUCGCAGGCGUGCUGACCAUUGCCAUGCCUGUACCCGUCAUUGUGAACAAUUUUGGAAUGUAUUACUCCUUAGCUAUGGCUAAGCAGAAGCUACCAAAGAAAAAAAAGAAGCAUAUCCCGCGGCCGCCCCAGCUGGGAUCCCCCAAUUAUUGUAAAUCUGUCAUAAACUCUCCACACCACAGUACUCAGAGCGACACAUGCCCACUCGCCCAAGAAGAAAUGUUAGAAAUUAACAGAGCAGAUUCGAAACUGAAUGGGGAGGUGGCCAAGGCGGCGCUGGCAAAUGAAGACUGUCCCCACAUAGACCAGGCUAUGUCGCCUGAGGAAGGUCUACCAUUAACCCGUCCUGGCACUCGGCAGAAAUAUGGACCUUGCUUCCUCUUAUCAACCGGGGAAUAUCCCUGCCCGCCUGAUGGAGGAAUAAGAAAGGGUAUGUAGAUAAGAUCUUUGCAAAGAAAGUCCUGUCAUUGCUAAAUAUAUGCCAACAGAGGCAGUCAAAGUGACUUGACAUGGAGAAAACGAGAUGGACAAUGAUGGCUUAUAAACGUCUGGGUGGAACUGUGCAGGCAUAGAAGACCUCUUCUUUGGACAAAUGUAAUCUCCCUCCAUGCAAGUUUGCAGGAUGAUAUAUGUGGUUUCAAACAGGGAGACGUGCAGGAUUUCUCUAUGGCCAGAAUGUAUCAAAUGACAGAUUUUUUCCGUUGUUGUUUCAUAGCAUGAAUUGCAUGAAAAAGAAAAAGAAAACCCCUGAGAUUGUACAAGUUAACUUAUUUUACUAUUAAGGGGGUGUUUUGGGGGGGCGGGGGGAGAUAAAGUAAUAUAUUUUCCUUCAAAGCUCUUUACUUUUACAUAUGUUGUAGUAGCAAACUGUAAAAGAUAUUCUAAAGCCGUACAUUCCUUUGCAAUGGAUUGUUUAUUUGUAUACAUGAUCACAAGGGUGGAUGGUUUAAAAAGUGCAAUUGGCAGUCACAUUGACCAUGCCUUCAUAAAUUCAUCAUGCAGAACAAUGAAGCCCAAGAACUUUUCAUCCAACUAGACUUGUGUAAAAUGUACAAACAAUCUUCUUUUCUUGUCUGUUUUUGUUGGCAUGCUUGUGAAAUCUGGGACCAGUUUUUGAUCCUGAUGGAAAUAGCUGGUCUAAACUAAUUUUCCAGCUCUGUACUUUAUUGGUGUAUAGAUCCAGUGUGAAGACCCUUUAUGACAAAUUGUUUAUAUUAAGUGAUCAGUAAAGAAUUCAACCAAAAAAGGAACCAACAUUGGGUUUUUUUUAAAGCAACAACAGCAACACCUGGGGAUUUACAAUAUACAAAUCAGGAAACUACUUCGAUAUAAACUUAUCUCUGAGUUUCAAGAAACAACAAAAUGGCAUUGUAUGCAAUUUAGGAUUCUGAAUAAAAUGCAUGCGCAAUGUUAUGCAAAAUAAUUCUAGCAUGAAAUAAAUUUUGUAUAAUGGUUUCAAUGCCUGCUGUUUAGUGUAAAUCAGAAUUCCUUUCUGAAAUGUUCAGAAAAUCCCAAAGAAAAUGUUUUUGAAAUUGUAAAUAAAUACCAUGCAAAGAUUCCCAAUGGAACAAUCAAAGAGAAAAAGCUUGCUUAUGCUUUGCUUAUAAGAUGGUAAACUGGUGAGUGCCUAAGGAAGCCACCUCCCAAAUCCUUGAUACAACUCACGUCUUCAGUCUUCACAACACUAAUCAAUAUUUUCAUAAUUGAAUAGAUAAAAUCAAGAGAUUGGUAGAUUUCACUCUAUUCCUCCUUGCUUAAUUAAUAAUAAAAGUUUGGCUUUUUAGUCGAUAAUGUGAAUUCAGUUUUUCUUACUACUGUGGUUCUCUUAACAGUUGAUAGCACUUAGAAAGAUGUAGAAUUAGAUACCUUUUAA